AUUGGUCGCGGCAAGGGGGCGAGGCGGAGGCUGCGGCGGCGUCAGGCGCGUGCACACGUUGCAUCCUCCGGUUUUCAGCAGGUCGUGGGUCUUUGGGGCGCCAGGCAGGCAGGCAGACUGACAGGUAUACUAACCGACCCGCGGAUAUGGCGACGCUCUGUCUCACCGUGAAUUCAGGAGAUCCCCCCCUGGAAGCUUUGCUGGCGGUAGAACAUGUGAAAGGUGAUGUCAGCAUUUCUGUUGAAGAAGGGAAAGAAAAUAUUCUUCGUGUUUCUGAAAAUGUGGUAUUCACAGACAUAAAUUCCAUACUUCGCUACUUGGCUAGAGUUGCAACUACAUCUGGGCUCUAUGGCACUAAUCUGAUGGAGCAUACUGAGGUUGAUCACUGGUUGGAAUUUAGUGCUACAAAAUUGUGUUCAUGCAGUUUGUUCACUUCUGCAAUCAAUGAGCUCAAUCAUUGCCUGUCUCUGAGAACAUACUUAGUUGGAAAUUCCAUGACCUUAGCAGAUUUAUGUGUUUGGGCUACUCUAAAAGGAAACGCUGCAUGGCAGGAACAAUUGAAACAGAAUAAAACUCCAGUUCAUGUAAAACGCUGGUUUGGCUUUCUUGAAGCCCAGCAGGCCUUCCAGUCAGUAGGUACCAAGUGGGAUGUUUCUCCAAACAAAACUAGAGUGGCAUCUGAGAAAAAACAAGAUGUUGGGAAAUUUAUUGAGCUUCCUGGUGUGGAGAUGGGAAAGGUUACUGUCAGGUUUCCUCCAGAGGCUAGUGGUUACUUACACAUUGGGCAUGCAAAAGCUGCUCUUCUGAACCAGCACUACCAGGUUAACUUUAAAGGGAAACUGAUCAUGAGAUUUGAUGACACAAAUCCUGAAAAAGAAAAGGAAGAUUUUGAGAAGGUUAUCUUGGAAGAUGUUGCAUUGUUACAUAUCAAACCAGAUCAAUUUACUUAUACCUCAGAUCAUUUUGAAACUAUAAUGAAAUAUGCAGAGAAGCUAAUUCAAGAAGGGAAGGCUUAUGUGGAUGAUACUCCUGCUGAGCAGAUGAAAGCAGAACGUGAACAGAGGAUAGAGUCCAAACAUAGAAAAAACUCUGUUGAGAAGAAUCUACAAAUGUGGGAAGAAAUGAAAAAAGGGAGCCAGUUUGGUCAGUCCUGUUGUUUACGAGCAAAAAUUGACAUGAGUAGUAACAAUGGUUGCAUGAGGGACCCAACUCUUUAUCGCUGCAAAAUUCAACCACAUCCAAGAACUGGGAAUAAAUACAAUGUUUAUCCUACAUAUGAUUUUGCCUGCCCCAUAGUUGACAGCAUUGAAGGUGUUACACAUGCCCUGAGAACAACAGAAUAUCAUGACAGAGAUGAGCAGUUUUAUUGGAUUAUUGAAGCUUUAGGAAUAAGAAAGCCAUAUAUUUGGGAAUAUAGUAGACUAAAUCUUAACAACACAGUGCUGUCUAAAAGAAAACUUACGUGGUUUGUCAACGAAGGACUGGUUGAUGGAUGGGAUGACCCAAGAUUUCCUACAGUUCGAGGUGUACUGAGAAGAGGGAUGACAGUUGAAGGACUGAAACAGUUUAUUGCUGCUCAGGGCUCCUCACGUUCAGUUGUAAACAUGGAAUGGGACAAAAUCUGGGCCUUUAACAAAAAGGUUAUUGACCCAGUGGCUCCACGAUACGUUGCAUUAUUGAAGAAAGAAGUGAUUCCAGUGAAGGUUCUUGAAGCUCAGGAGGAGAUGAAAGAAGUAGCAAAACAUCCAAAGAAUCCUGAUGUUGGCUUGAAGCCUGUGUGGUAUAGCCCCAAAGUGUUCAUUGAAGGUGCUGAUGCAGAGACUUUUUCAGAGGGUGAGAUGGUUACAUUUAUAAAUUGGGGCAACAUCAUCAUUACUAAAAUACACAAAAAUGCAGAUGGAAAAAUUGUAUCUCUUGAUGCAAAAUUGAAUUUGGAGAACAAAGACUACAAGAAGACUACCAAGAUCACUUGGCUUGCUGAAACUACACAUGCUCUUCCAAUUCCAGCAAUCUGUGUCACUUAUGAGCACUUGAUCACGAAGCCAGUGCUAGGAAAAGAUGAGGAUUUUAAGCAGUAUGUCAACAAGAACAGUAAGCAUGAAGAACUAAUGCUAGGUGAUCCUUGCCUUAAGGAUUUGAAAAAAGGAGAUAUUAUACAACUCCAGAGAAGAGGAUUCUUCAUAUGUGAUCAGCCUUAUGAGCCUGUGAGCCCAUACAGUUGCAAAGAAGCCCCAUGCAUUUUGAUAUACAUUCCUGAUGGACAUACAAAGGAAAUGCCAACAUUUGGAUCAAAGGAAAAGGCCAAAGUAGAAACCACAAAAAAUGAGACAACUGCUCCUCUUAAGGAAAGACCAGCACCUUCUCUGAAUACUUGUGUCAUGUCUGAAGAUUCCUUGAUCCUUUACAACAGGGUGGCUGUUCAAGGGGAUGUCGUGCGUGAAUUAAAAGCCAAGAAAGCAGCAAAGGACGAUAUAGAUGCAGCUGUAAAACAACUUUUAGCUUUGAAAGCUGAAUUUAAAGAGAAAACUGGUCAGGAAUAUAAACCUGGGAAUCCUCCUGCUACAUUAGUACAGAGUAUUUCUUCUAAAUCCCCAGCAAAAUAUUUGGAAAGUAAAUCUCUAUAUGAUAAAGUUGCUGCACAAGGUGGUGUUCGAAAGCUAAAAGCUGAGAAAGCCCCUAAGACUAAAGUAAAUGAAGCUGUAGAAUGCUUACUCUCCCUAAAAGCUGAGUAUAAAGAAAAAACUGGGAAGGAUUACUUACCUGGUCAACCCCCAUCUUCUCGUUCAGAUUCAAAUCCUAUUAGAAACUCCAAUGUUGGUCCAGAAACACCAGAAGCCAAAGUGCUUUUUGACAAAGUAGCUUCUCAAGGGGAAGUAGUUCGAAAACUUAAAGCUGAAAAAGUUUCUAAAGAUCAAAUUGAUACAGCUGUACAAGAACUCCUUCAGCUGAAAGCACAGUACAAGUCUCUGACAGGAGUAGAGUAUAAACCUGUGUCUGCCACUGGGGCUGAGGACAAAGAUAAGAAGAAGAAAGAGAAAGAAAAUAAAUCUGAAAAGCAGAAUAAACCUUCAAAACAAAAUGAUGGCCAAGGGAAAGACUCUAAUAAAACCCAAGGGAGUGGGCUGUCAUCAAGAGCAGGAGAAGGGCAAGGGCCUAAGAAACAGACCAGGGUUGGUCUUGAAGCCAAAAAAGAAGAAAAUCUUGCUGAUUGGUAUUCUCAGGUCAUCACAAAAUCAGAAAUGAUUGAAUACUAUGAUAUAAGUGGCUGCUAUAUUCUUCGUCCCUGGUCAUAUUCCAUUUGGGAAUUCAUCAAGGACUUUUUUGAUGCUGAGAUCAAGAAACUUGUGUUGAAAAACUGCUAUUUCCCCAUAUUUGUGUCUCAAGGUGCCUUAGAGAAAGAGAAGACUCAUGUUGCUGAUUUUGCCCCUGAGGUUGCUUGGGUUACAAGAUCUGGCAAAACAGAGUUAGCAGAACCAAUUGCCAUUCGUCCUACUAGUGAAACAGUAAUGUAUCCUGCAUAUGCAAAAUGGGUGCAGUCACACAGAGACCUGCCCAUCAGGCUCAAUCAGUGGUGCAAUGUGGUGCGUUGGGAGUUCAAGCACCCACAGCCUUUCCUUCGUACUCGUGAAUUCCUUUGGCAAGAAGGACACAGUGCUUUUGCUACCUUCGAAGAAGCAGCAGAAGAGGUCUUGCAGAUACUUGAAUUAUAUGCUCAGGUAUAUGAAGAACUCCUGGCAAUUCCUGUUGUAAGAGGAAGAAAGACUGAAAAGGAGAAGUUUGCAGGAGGAGACUAUACAACUACAAUAGAAGCAUUUAUAUCUGCUAGUGGAAGAGCUAUUCAGGGAGCAACGUCACAUCAUUUAGGCCAGAAUUUUUCCAAAAUGUGUGAAAUCGUUUUUGAAGAUCCAAAGACACCAGGAGAGAAGCAAUUUGCCUAUCAGUGCUCCUGGGGCUUGACAACUCGAACUAUUGGUGUUAUGAUCAUGGUUCAUGGGGACAACAUGGGCUUAAUAUUACCACCCCGUGUAGCCUGUGUUCAGGUGGUGGUUAUUCCCUGUGGUAUUACAAAUGCACUUUCUGAAGAAGACAAAGAAGCACUAAUUGCAAAAUGCAAUGAUUACCAAAAGCGGUUACGCAGUGUUAACAUUCGUGUUAGAGUUGAUUUGCGAGAUAACUAUUCUCGUUGGAAAUUUAAUCACUGGGAGCUCAAGGGAGUUCCAAUUAGACUUGAAGUUGGGCCACGUGAUAUGAAAAGCUGCCAGUUUGUAGCUGUCAGACGGGAUACUGGAGAAAAGCUGACAGUUGCUGAAAAUGAGGCUGAGACUAAACUUCAAGCUAUUUUAGAAGACAUCCAAGUUAACCUUUUCACAAGGGCUUCUGAAGACCUUAAAACUCAUAUGGUUGUGGCUAAUACAUUGGAAGACUUACAGAAAGUACUGGAUUCUGGAAAGAUUGCUCAGAUUCCGUUCUGUGGGGAAAUUGACUGUGAAGACUGGAUCAAAAAGACCACGGCCAGGGAUCAGGAUCUGGAACCUGGUGCUCCCUCCAUGGGAGCUAAAAGCCUUUGUAUCCCUUUCAAACCACUCUGUGAGCUGCAGCCUGGAGCCAAAUGCGUCUGUGGCAAGAACCUUGCCAAGUUCUACACCUUGUUUGGUCGGAGUUACUAAAGGAGUUACUAAAACCUUUACUCCAAUCCUCCUCGCUUUUUAAAAAAUUGAUACUAAUAUCUUCUCAGAUACAGUUUUAUGAUUUUUUAAAAACAAAGUUGUAAAGGGAGGUCAAAGAGUCAAACAACUAUUCUUAUGCUUAAAUUAGCAGUGGAAAAAAAGACUUUUCUGUAAACAACCCCAGUAAUAAAUAUCAUGAACUAA